AUGGAUCACAAUGUAGACAUGACGACGUGCAGCACCUCGGCAAUUCCGAGACUUUCCCGGCUGGCCACUGAACGCGUUGCAGAGCUCAUUGAGAAUGGUGAGUACUUUAUUUUACGUGAAAAAUUGCGUGGAAAUUAGCACCUACGUAAGGUCACAUUAAAAACCAGAAAUUUGGCUCAAGUUUUCACGUGAACUCCAUCAAAGCUCACGUAAAUGAAAAACGUGAAAUUUGGGUCCUAAUCGGACAAUAUUAAUCCCGAUUUGCAGAUAGUUUGCCAGCGUUCAACCACCAACUCAUCGCCUCGUGCAGCAAUGACAUUUUCGAAGUGUUGCGGCGAAACAAGAAGCUCAAUCAUCGGACACUGCGGGCCCUGUGCAGCAGCUCUCGAUUCCAGAUCAAUAAGAUUGAUUUGAUGGGCAACAAGGUGGAGCUGGAGGAUCUGCAGCUGUGCUCCAAUCAGGAUCUCGUCUCGUUCCGUCUCGGAGACAUUGACUACUUUCCAAGUACGGGUUUUUCAGCGCCACGCGACUAUGUGUUUCACGUGGAAAAAAUGUGGCAAAAGUUCACGUGAAUUGAAAUAUUUACGUGGCCUUUCUCGAAACCACGUGACGUUUUCACGCAGAAUUUUGAAAAUUAUUGUUUUUGUAGAGGGUCGCAUAAAAUUUCAACGUUUUCACAUGAAUUUGCACCUUGUCCCACUCCUAUUCAACACGAAUUUUUCAGAUACUAACAAGAUUCAAGUGGCCGAAGUGCUUGACGCGGCGCUCAACCACACGUCCCGCCAGCAGCUCCGUCACCUGGAUCUCUCCGGCCGGCAUCGAAUCACUUCCACGUGGCCCGCCUACGUGGCCAAGUACCUUCCCUCCCUACAAAGUCUCGCGUUUGCCAAUCGGAGCACCGCCAACGACACGCUGGCUCAGAUCGGUGCCAGCCUUUCGCAACUCAGAUUCCUGGACAUUUCGAGCACGUGCGUCACCGACAUCACGUGCAUCUCAAGCCUCCGCAACCUCGAAGUGCUCAUCAUGUACAAUCUGAACAUUCUGAAGGGCGACGUCACCGAGACGCUGUCGAAUUUGACGAAACUGCGAGUGCUCGACAUUUCACGCAAAGUGAACACGGACUACCUCCAGGAGACUUCGCAGGACGCUCAUUUGGACCUGGCGCUCGGAAUCUACAACCGAUCUGUGGAGGCGAUCGAAAGCGGAACCGCGACGCCGUGGGCGGAGCUCCGAGCCAUAGACAUGUCCGGAUUGAGCAUUGUGCAGUUCGGUACCGAUCGGGCACUCGCCUUCGUCGAAAGGAUCAUUGAGGCACAUCCGAAGUUGGAGCAGAUCGGAUUGUUAGGUAACUUCGAACGUUUUUUGCAAUUUUAGUAGUCCAGGAGUUUCAAAUCGUAUUUCGGUUGUUUUGCACCAAAGUACUGCGAAAACACUAUAAUGUCCGAAAUUCUCAACCCAUUUUUUUCAGCCACUCCACUCGACUCUUCGCUCAUCGAAAUUCCGGGCCGAAGUGAUCUGCAAGUGAUAAACACAGUGUCGCGUAAAUCGGUUCUUUUCGCCCUGUCGCAUUACGCGAAUCUUGACAGGCCUGCUUUUAUUACGCACGCACUGCACUCGGUCUACUAUCAGCUGCAAUCGGGCUACGACAAGUUCUCGCAGGAGGAGCUGAAAGAGUGUCUGCGGCUCGUUUGUGUCUCGAUGCAGAACGGCCUCAGCACGUUGGCCGUGCAGAUCGCCGGCAGCGCCUGUCUUUAUCACCUUUGCAAGUUAGUUUCAGGUUUCACAGUUUUGCGUUAGAACUCACGCUAAAAUAGAAGAAAUGUCGCGUGAGAACAAACAAAUUAGCAAAUUCUUUGCAGAAUGAAGAGGAUAAAGCGAUUGUCGGUGAAGGAAGUGAACGAUUGCAUCGAACGGUCUCUGGACGCCGCCGAGUGCUACCGAAGCAUGACGCAACUGCAGAAGAACGUGUGGCUGACGAUCUGCAACGACUACCUCCUCCACCUCGAGGGAAUUGACUUCUACCGCACGUGCAAAGUGGCGCUCGACACGAUGCUCUCGAAUCGGGACGCCAGCGUCGAGCGGAUGACCAUCGCGAUCGUCUCGAUUGUGACGCCGAAGAUGAGGCCCGUGGACGCGAAGGUGCUGACGAUGGACGCCAAGUACGUGAACCAUCUCGUGCGCAUCAUGAACGACUACCUGGAGGCGUACCAUCGCGAGUUCCGCAACGGACACGAUCGGGACAACGACAAUGCGCUGUACACUCUGAAGUUCACGCUCAGUGCGCUCUGGAACCUCACCGACGAGUGCCCGACGACGUGCCGCGCAUUCCUGAGCGCCGGCGGAGUCCAGAUCGCGUUCCGCAUCCUCAAAGCUUUCGAUUUCCACGGAAACGUGCAGACAAAAGUACUGGGAAUUCUGAACAAUCUAGCGGAAGUGGACGAUCUGCCGUUGGGCGUGCUCUGCAAACAAGAGUACAUUUCGGUGCUCUUGUCGUGCCUCGACGGUCAUUUCACCGAGGUCGACUCGAAAGGACGGUACCGCGAGGUGGAGCGCUCGUACUUCGCCGCCGGAAUUCUCUCGAAUCUUCUAACGACCGCCGACGAGUGGGAGUCGGAGGAGCAGCGCGAGGAGGCGUGCGAGAAGCUGCUCGAGCUCAUCGAGGAGUACCCGGAGCUUCCAUCAGCCAUGGUCUCCUACAAGUCGUUCCUGCCAUUCUGCCGCAUCGUGCGCACUUCCAAGUCGAACGGAGCGAUCAUGUGGUGUCUGUGGGGAGUGCAUCAUGUGCUCCAGCACCGCGAGAAGAACCAGGCGCCCACCUACGAGAAAGGGUUAGUUUUUGACGAGAUUUCUAAACUAUCUUGUUUUACGUUAUCUUUUUCUUGAAAGAAACACGUGAAAAUCAGCUUUAUUCUUCACGUGUCUUGAGAGACGACGGUUAUGUGUUUUUUUACGUGGAAGAUCAUGUAAAUACAGACGACGUUUACGUGUCUAAUACGGCUCUUGUCUGCAGGUACAUCGACAUGUUCCUCGAGUCGGGACUGGCGCCGAUGGUGGAGGAGAUGGCUCGCGGGCACUCGCAGCACAUCCGCAACCUGGACAUCCGCGUCGUGCACCUCGCCCGCCGAAUCGUCGAAAUCGCUUCGAGCGAUCCCAUGAGUCACUGA